UGAAUGAGUAAAUAUGUACAAAAUUAAAUACAUCAAAUUGAUUAUUCGGUAUUUAUGCCGACGACGGACUCUUAUUUUGCCGUGCGGACUGUUGUUUUGACACGUCCGCCAUUAAACGGAAGUCCGUGUCGGAUCUCGCUUCGGAUUGACAACAAAACAAACAGGAGCGAAAGCGAAGCGGUAAACAUGGGUCGGUCGUCGCUGGGCUGAAGCGGGUUUUUUAGUUGACAUGGACUGCUGAAGCUUUCUCAGCGCGGCCGCAGCAUGGAGGAGAUGGAGGGGAUCGAGGAUGAUAAUCAUAACUGUCGCGCGGAGCCCGUGAGCGCGUGUCCGCCUGCGCAGGUGUGUGUGGAGCCCGUGAGCGCGUGUCCGCCUGCGCAGGUGUGUGUGGAGCCCGUGAGUGUGUGUCCGCCUGACUCGGACUCCAGCAGUGACUCCUGUGAAUCCGACAGCUCGGCCUCCUCUGCCCUGCUGCUCAGCUCCUCCUCCAAGUUCUUGCUGAACGUGAUGACAGCAGAAGAAUACAGGAUGGUCUACUGGCCCAAGCUGGAGCGAGCCAUCGAGCAUCUGCUCACUCAGAGCCCCAUGGAGCACAUCUCCAUCUCAUACGAACAGAUCUACAGUCACGUUUAUAAGUGUGUGUGCCAACAGCACUCGGAGCUGCUCUACAACGACCUGAUGUGGAAGAUCACGUCUCAUCUGGAACAAGUGUCUUCUGAGCUACAGGCCAGCCCGCCAGAACAUUUAAUCGAGAACUUCAACCAGGCUCUGACUCGCUACACAGCCGCCCUGCACUGCAUCGUUCCCGUCUUCAUCUAUAUGAACAAGUUCUACAUCGAGACGAAGCUGAACCGCGACCUUCGGGACGAUCUCAUGAAGCUCUUCUCCGAUCACGUGGCAGAGAAACACGUCAGCGCUCUACUGCCUCUUCUCAAAAAGGCUCAUUCCAUGCCGUUUCAAGUCAAACCAUCGACUAUGGCGAGUGUUGUGAAAGGUCUUUACUCCCUCCGGCCAGACUGGGUUCCUCUUGCUCCGGCUCUGUUCUCUAGAUUCAUUCCUCAGAUCGAUCCUCCUGCUCUUGAAUCUCAGCUCCCGUAUUACGCGGAUCAAGACAAAAGACUGCAGAUGGAGCUUUCUCAGAAGGGCUUCUCCAGGGGUGACCAGUCGAGGAAGAGAGCGAGUGAAGAGUCCUGACGGCCGAGUGGACUUCUACGCUCGAAGCCUGCGUACUUCAUUAGAAAUCACUUCACGGCAGACUUUAUCUGACACAGAGACGCUUCAUCUCUUCUCACAGUCCUUUGGGAAUUCUCAGUUAUUUAGAGAGUUCACUAAACACGAGCAUCAUCUCUACCUCCUCCGUGAGGUUGCUUCUUUUCUCUCUGGGUUCUGGAUUUGUUUUCCAGUAUUUAUCAUAUUUCCAGGUUGAUUUUAUGAUGCUGUCAUUCGGUGAAAUCAUCCGGUUUGCUGUGAUGGUUGUAGACUGCAGUAACGUGAUGUUGGAUCCAGAAUGCAGGUAUUCAGAAUCCAGAUUCUUACCCAAUUAAAUUUUUUGUAUAUAUUAAUUUUAGGAUCACUACUGUAGUUUUAAACGGUUUUAGUUGACACCGCUUUACCUAACAGUAACGUGCCUUUGGCUGCUCGCCUUUUUCUUUUUUUUAAUGAUAUGUAAAAAGUCAAGCAUUUAUGAUGAUGAUGAUGAUUAUUAUGUUGAUUUUUUUUAUUUUUUGGCGCUUUAGUAGAAAAAAAAAAAUCACACGUUGAAUCUGGAACAGUUUGUGAGAAACAGCACAGAUAAAGGACAUCUGAAAUGCAGGUGUGAUAUAAAGGGCUGCUAAUAAUUUAUCUGGAAUAAACUCAUGACACUGAAUUACAA